UGAAACCUCACCAUCAGUUUGCAAGUUAAUACUACAUUUCCUAAACUUUUAGGGAAAGAAGUAGCACAUUAAAUCCAGGGUGGGCACACAUAGUGGCUAGUACGGUAGUAAUAUUUAUGGCCUGGGUAUCAUGACUAAUCACAACAAGUUUGGUCAAGUUAUCAUCAAUAUUUAAACAUCUAGGUUUAAUUAAACCUGCAGUAAGUGGUACAUUGAUAUUACGGUGGAAUAAAAUGACUCCCUGCAAUGAGAGAGUCGCUCGUAGUGCAGAAAACAUUGAGCAUUAACACUCGACUCUGCAGUUCAAUGUAGCUUCUAGCUGCUUAUAGAUCAAUCUUUUGGUUCUUUUGGCAGCAUAUUGAAUGUAUGAUCUUGGUGCUUUCAUUAUCCAACCAGCAUUGAGAUUUUUAUAGGAGCCUAGAACAAAGGUUUGUAGAAGAUUCUUUGAUUUGCCACCGUAGGUGUACCAGUGUACUUUUAUAAGCCAGUAGGUUUCACCUAAAUCCCACAGCCUAACUCAAGUUAGCCAGGCUCUUCCAAAGUUUGUUUAAUUUCUUGCUGCAGAAUAUUUAGUCCAUGUUGCCCACAUACAUCCAAUAAACUCAUUGACCCAAAUUGGCCUUUUUUAUUGACACAGUUUAAAUGAACAAUUAAAAUAUUUAUGCUUUGGUACAAUCAUUUGUUUUUGCAGAAUACUGGAGGGAUGCCCACCUCUACAGCUGUAAUCAUUGUCUACCAGUCAUUAAGAAUUUUUCUAUGUGACGUUGGAGCAUGAUGAGGCUGAGAGUGCGUAAAGCUCCUCAGCAGCCGAACUUAGGCCGUCGAACCCAUCCGUCCCAGGCCAAAAGGAAACACUGUGAAGUGGAGCCAUCCCCCGUGAGAGGUCGAGGCAAAAUGCAGAAGAAUGAAACAGGCCUGUUCUCCACUAUAAAGAAAUUCAUCCGUGGAAAUGCUGUCAAGGUGGAGCAGGAUAUUCCUGCCAAGAGGAGUCGCAUUGAAUGUAAUUCUGAUAGCGAUCUAAUUACUUCAACACCACAGACCAGAGGCCUUUCCAACAAAUCAGUCUCCAGAGUUUGCCGGAAAAGUCCAAAUAAAGACACAAUGACUUGCAACAGUAAACCCAUGAAACCAAAUGGUAAACUAGAGGCCCCCGUCGAGGCAGCAAGCAGCCCACCACGCACCACCCUGCUUGGAACCAUCUUCUCUCCAGUCUUCAACUUUUUCUCACCAGCAACUAAAACUGCCACUCCUGGUUCAGACUCUCCGGGCCAAGCGAUGGAGGCAGAGGAAAUCAUGAAACAGCUGGACAUUGAGCAGGCGGAAGAAAUGCCAAGCAGCACUCUCACAUCCACAGAGGGCAUCACUCCGUGUCACACUACCCCAAUAUUACCACAGAGGCUUCAGAUCACCUCUGAUACAACUAUAGAAGAAGGGGAAAUUGUCACUGAAACUGACAUGCCACCAUUAACAGUUCCUGGUUGUAUGCCAGACGGUGUUUACCCACACACGUUACCUCCAGCUCCUGCAGAAACCUCAUAUGAUGAGGACUGGGAAGUUUUUGAUCCGUACUUCUUCAUCAAGCACGUGCCUCCGCUGACAGAAGAGCAGUUAACACGCAAACCGGCAUUACCUUUGAAAACACGCAGCACACCAGAGUUUUCUCUCGUCUUGGAUCUGGACGAAACUCUGGUCCACUGUAGUUUGAAUGAGCUAGAAGAUGCAGCCCUGACAUUCCCUGUGCUCUUCCAAGAUGUAAUAUACCAGGUGUAUGUUCGGUUGAGGCCCUUUUUCCGCGAGUUUCUUGAGCGCAUGUCUCAAAUGUAUGAGAUUAUUCUUUUCACGGCUUCAAAGAAAGUCUACGCUGACAAGUUGCUCAACAUCCUGGAUCCGAAAAAACAGUUGGUCAGGCACAGGCUGUUUCGUGAGCACUGUGUGUGCGUUCAAGGGAAUUACAUUAAAGACCUAAACAUUCUCGGACGGGAUCUUUCCAAGACGAUAAUAAUCGACAACUCACCCCAAGCCUUUGCCUAUCAGCUUUCCAAUGGGAUCCCUAUUGAGAGCUGGUUUGUGGAUAGAAAUGACAAUGAGCUUCUGAAGCUUGUUCCUUUCCUCGAGAAGCUUGUGGAGCUGAAUGAAGAUGUCAGACCGCACAUCCGUCAACAGUUUCGUUUGCACGACCUCCUUCCUCCAGACUGAGGACCUCGUCUUUCAGUUCAAGAUGGUAUCAACAUUGGAAGAAAAAUGGACUCCCAGAAGGAAAUAUUCAGUGGAUUUGAAACACAACAUUGCCAUUAUUAUUAUUAUUAUUAUUAUUAUUAUUGUUAUUAUUGAAAUGAUGCAAAAAAUUGAAAGCUAUAUUUGAGUCAAAAGCCCUGGAUGUUUUUAUACAACCAGACUCAGAACAAACAGACCUGCACACUGCGGCAGACUUUUCACUUUUUGCUCGCUUCUUUUUAGUGCGACUUUGAAGACGGCCUCCUGGAAGGUAUUUUGUCUUUUUAAAAACUGUUUUGGAUUGACAAAACUGAAUGUCAUGCAGUGUUGGAUUAUAUGGACCUUGGUGGCUUCAGCCUGACCUUGAACGGCCAGUCAAACCUGUAUAAUAUUCAAUCUAUUUACGUGUAAAUAUUUGUACAUUUUUUUUUUUUCUUCAAGGUUUUUAAGUCCUUUUAUUUUCACUUCAGAUUUUAGUAUGUAUUCUUUGAUUCGGUUGCUUUUAUAAACCAACAAAAUGUUAGUGUGUUUUGUUUGAAGUUGUUGAUAAAUGGCUGCUUUUCUGUUGUAUGCCUGCAGUUUCCUGUGAUGCUUUACUCCAUUACAUGCAGUUGUCUGUAAUAAGGUGCGGUUUUAAAAAUGUAUCUUUGGGAGGAAAAUGUUUCUGAAACAAUAUUUUAAAGUUAUGUAAUGUAAACUAGAAUAGAGUCUCAACUGAAUACAAAGCCAUAAUGGCUGAAUUAUAAUUUUGGAGAUUUGUAUUUUAGAGUCCAUUUCUGAUUUUGACACCUUGAUCGUCCUCUUUAAUGAGGAGGGGGGUGGGGGGUUUCAGGCAUCUUGCACUUUGACAUCCAGCCCUUUGUAACUUGAUGUAAAAUGUUGUCACUUUUCUACACAGGUGUAUAUCACCUCAAUUUGUUAUGUGGGGGAAAAAAUGAAAUUGUAGCACCAGCAAAUUGUCAACAUGUUUGCUUUAAAAUCUUGUUUUCCAAGACGUCUUGUAUGUGGGAUCUUUAUGAUGUAGGAGUCACACGUUUUAUUGACUUAUUGAAUGAUCACUCCUGUUGUAUUCAGUGUUACUUAAUAGUUUCCUUGAAAAUAAAUACAUUUUUAUACAA